CUUCCAGUCAGACACUCAGAGGGACUCGACUCUCCGUUGAAGCCUGCACAUCCGCUCUCCGCUCGGCCUCGACAGCCUCAACAACUUCAACAUGAUUUCCAGGAAGUCCUACUCAGUCUCCGGCUCCAGCAACAGCUCCAGGAGGUCCAUGGCAGGACCCCAAGUUGGCUUCAGAAGCAGCUACACUCUUGGUUCCUCAGCUGGCGGUUUCGGUGCUGGUUUUGGCUCCGGCGGCUCAUCCAUGAGCUCGGGCUCGAUGAUGGGUGGCGCUGUUGCAGCGGGGUGCUUCGUGCCCCCCCCAAUCACCGCCGUCACGGUCAACCAGAGUCUGCUGACCCCCCUCAACCUGGCUAUCGACCCCACCAUCCAGGCUGUCCGCACCCAGGAGAAGGACCAGAUCAAGACCCUCAACAACCGCUUUGCUUCCUUCAUUGACAAGGUACGUUUCCUGGAGCAGCAGAACAAGAUGCUGGAGACCAAGUGGAGCCUCCUGCAGGACCAGACCACCACCCGCUCUAACAUCGACGCCAUGUUCGAAGCCUACAUCGCCAACCUGCGCAGGCAACUCGAUGGGCUGGGCAACGAGAAGGUCAAGCUGGACGGAGAACUGAAGAACAUGCAGCUCCAGGUGGAGGACUUCAAGAGAAAGUAUGAAGAUGAAAUCAACAAGCGUGCAGCGGCAGAGAACGAGUUUGUGCUCUUGAAAAAGGACGUUGACGCUGCCUACAUGAACAAGGUGGAGCUGGAGGCCAAAGCUGAUGCUCUUCAGGAUGAAAUCAACUUCCUGAGGGCCGUCUACGAGGCCGAGCUCCGUGAGCUGCAGUCCCAGAUCAAGGACACCUCCGUCAUUGUGGAGAUGGACAACAGCCGUAACCUGGACAUGGAUUCCAUCGUGGCGGAAGUGCGUGCUCAGUAUGAGGACAUCGCCAACCGCAGCAAGGCCGACGCAGAGUCCUGGUACAAACAGAAGUACGAGGAGAUGCAGUCCUCUGCUGGACAGUACGGUGAUGACCUCCGCACAACCAAGGCUGAGAUUGCUGAGCUGAACCGCAUGAUUGCCCGUCUUCAGAACGAGAUUGAGGCCGUCAAGGCCCAGAGGGCCAGCCUUGAGGCCCAGAUCGCAGAGGCUGAGGAGCGCGGUGAGCUGGCAGUGAAGGAUGCCAAGCUCCGCAUCAAGGAUCUGGAGGAGGCUCUCCAGAGAGCUAAGCAGGACAUGGCCCGCCAGGUGCGUGAAUACCAGGAGCUGAUGAACGUCAAGAUGGCCCUGGACAUUGAAAUCGCCACCUACAGGAAACUGCUGGAAGGAGAGGAGUACAGACUGGCGUCCGGACCCACCAGUGCAACCAUCCACGUGCAGCAGAGCUCAGGAGGAAUGUCCAGUUCCUCUGCUGGUGGAUUUGGCUUCGGUGGCGGCAUGUCUGGUGGCUAUGGCAGUUCUGUCAGCAAGUCCUCAGUCUCCACCACUUCUAGAAGAUUCAACCUUUAAGGAGAACACCCAUCCUUCUUUCACAUUAGCAGAACCGUCAGAUGCCCACGGCCAAGAGCUUCUCCAAAGAAUCCCUGGGGGUGUUUUGUCAUUCAUCAGCAAUCAUAGCAGAUCCCUAAACAUGCAGAGAGGCCCUCAUAGAAAUGUGAGUGAUGAGAGUGGAAACGAACGAUACCAUUAAAAACAUUUGAAAAC